CAUUCCGCGAUGACUGUCAAAACUAGCAUUAAAUCUGGAGCUCAUCCCAACUAUUCUGCUAUGGUCAAGCAGGCCCUCACCACAUGCAAGGGGUUCCAGAAAAUGAGUCGCCAGGCCAUACUCAGCUUCAUUAAGCAAAACUUUGGUGUCGAGAACAAGGCUGCUUUGAACAAGGCUCUCAAAGCUCUC